CCCCUCUGACGACUAGAAACAUAAUGAUUACGUUUUCCGAGGACUACUUAUACSUAUCAAGAUACUGAACUUGCAUUAUGAACUCAGCUCAGACGAGCAUCCAUUUUGAGCAUCCUCCUGAGUAUUUAGCUUCGUGAACGACGAGCUCUUCCAUCCGUGAGACUUUAGAGAAAGCUGAUUGGCUCAAUCGCAACAGUUCUAAAUGUGUUUUUUUCCAGCGACUUGGUAGGCACCGGGGGAAAUAAUAUAUUUGGUAUAAAACCUCACAAUCAACCGUUCCUACUGCAACACCACAGGGCUUGAACUAAACAUAAAAAACAGAGUCUAUGGCUGUCCCGGGGAACUCACUAUGGAGGCUGCUUCUCUGUGCGUAUUUUGCGCUCACGGUCGGAGCGGACUGCGAGAAGGACUGUGCGCUCUGCCUCAACCGCAUACUGGGACAACAGACGGCAAUUAACACCCUGACAUGCUCAAUAGAAUGUGAGGGUAGCCUGGACACCACGAAGCUCCGCCUCUGCCAAGACGUCCUAUUGGAGGAGGAGCGCGUCGUAGUAGAUGACGUCAAACAGGAAGAGGUGCAGGGCCAGCAGCACCAACUGGCCAAGAAGUAUGGUGGCUUCAUGAAGCGCUACGGAGGGUUCAUGAUCAGGAGGCGCUCACCCGUAGAGGAGGGGCGAGUGCAGGGAGGAGAGAACAACCCGGUGGCUGAGGAAGAGGACAUCCGUCUGGAGAUCCUGAAGAUCCUGAAUUCAGAAGCCGAGGGGCAGAGGGACGGAGAGUUGGCCAAGCGCUACGGGGGGUUCAUGAGGAGAGGGGGGGACUUCGGGGCUCUGGAGGUGGUGGGCAGGCCAUUGAAGAAGCGUUAUGGGGGCUUCAUGAGGAGGGUAGGGAGGCCUGAGUGGCUGGAGGAUCAGAAGAACAAGGGGGGGCUCCUGAAACGCUCCUGGGAGGGGCAGGGGGUUGACUCCCCCCUGGCUGAGAUACAGAAGAAAUAUGGCGGAUUCAUGGACUAGGGGUCGGCCCCUUCUCCAACCCCUCCUGAUGAGUCUGGACUCUCAAUAUUGAUCAGAUGAUCCAUUCUUAUUCUGUUGUAGUGCUUGUACUGUGCUGCUUUUUGUUUGUUUGGGUUUACUGUGACAAAAAACACUUAGCCUAUCAGGUGAUGAUAACUCCAUUUAUGGCAACCAGUACUGUAUGUUUUAUGGGUUUGGUUAUUUAUAAAUUAACCCGUGUUCAUUGUGGUGUACGCCGGCUGGGGCAUGUGUGGAAAACUAAUCAUGGCAUGACCUGUUUGCUUUCUCUCUUUGACUUGCCACUGUUUUUAAAUGGAUAGUUAACUUUUUUGAAGUGUUAGUUGAUUUUAGACUUACCUAGGGUAUUGUUGUGUCAUCCAAACCGUUUUUAAGUUUGUUAGUUGGUUAUUUAGUUUUGCCCAGAAUCUCUUGGCAAGGUAAGAUGAAAAUAUGUCGGUGGCUAGUACUACUUUCCACCGUGCUCACACUUAUCUCAGUAUGUUGAUGUCGAAACAUGUUGCUUUCAGUUGAAAAUGUCCUACUUUCGUGUUCUUUCUAUAGAGAACAGAGCAGCAUUUGAGACCAAUUAGUUGUACAAAACCUAAUAAACCCAUGAAUCCUGCAGAAAUAA